GUCGUCGAGCAGCGUUGGCCAUGGCGAAGAAGCACCGCGUCAAGCGGCAGAAGUACGUGGAUCACCUCCUCGUGCUGGAGAAGAAACGCGAUGUGUACCUCGCGAAGCGCCGCGCCCCGAAGCGGUCGCGUGAGGCGCGCAACGAUGAAGAGGCCACCAUGGAGGGGCGGGAGUUGACAGAGCCGACGGCUCUCAAGAAGCGCCGCACGGAGUCGACGGCGGCAGAGCAGAAUGCAUCGGACGAGGAGGAGCAUCGUGCACCGCCGAGAGCGUCCCCUGCGGCGUCCGCGAAGGCCACCGAGUCUGCGGCACCCAUUGCAGCUGCUGCGGGAAAAUCAGAAGAGAAGAAGGCCUUUUUCACCACCCAGCCGUUCGCCGAGUUAGUGAAGGCGUCAGCCGCGGUUGAAAAGAGCGAGCUAGGAUCGGCGGCGAAGGCUGUGACAGCAAAGAAGUCGCUGAAGCGUCGACACUAUUAA